UCCUACUCCAGUGAUUGGUGGCGUGGCCCUAGUGACAUUCGGAAUGGUGGUCGCUGUCGGUCUGUCUACUCUGCAGUUUGUGGAUUUGUCUUCAUCGCGGAACCUCAUGGUGCUUGGUCUGGCGUUGAUGUUAGGGAUGAUACUACCUCAGUGGGCGAAAAACAACCCCAAAGCUAUUGACACAGGUAAUGAAGAAUUGACCCACAUCUUGAAGGUCCUUCUUGGAACUCCCAUGCUGGUGGGCGGCAUGGUUGGGUGCAUCCUCGACAACAUAGCUCCAGGAACUGCAGAAGAGAGGGGGAUGCUGAAAUGGAGGAAGGGAGAGGGCAAGGGAAAUAUGCCAGUUUCAUGUGGUGACACCUCCACAUACAAUCUGACAUUCAUUACAAAGUACCUUCCAGAAGGUCUCAGGUGCAGCUGGUUCCCAGUGUCCCCAGCCUACAAAGAAGGGUGCCGUGGUGGACAUGGAAGAAGACCUCAAAUGAUUGGACUCAAUGCUGACACUAGUUGCCUCAGACCUCAGUGAUGACAACACGCACAGCUGCAGUAAUCCCAUGGAACUUGUCAUUAGUACCUGUAUGUCAGUAUACAUCACGUCGGUGCAACUGUAGUUAUAUA